AGAAAAAGUGCACGGGCGCCUGAGGUGGGAGGAUGUGAUGACGCUGUGCCCCCACACAGCGGGAACUUGGGCCUUUAAAAAGCUGAGGAAACAGCCUCUGAGCAAGCAGUGGCUACACUGGAGGAAAGCACACCCAGGUCUCACAUUAAAGAAGCCAAACUGUCUGCUUCAAAGAGAAAAGGCAACAUCCUGUCACAGGCCAUGCUCUGGCAAAAACCUACAGCUCCAGAGCAAGCCCCGGCCCAACCCCGGCCGUACCAGGGUGUCCGUGUGAAGGAGCCAGUGAAGGAGCUGCUGAGGAGGAAACGUGGUCAUGCCAGCAGUGGGACGGCGGUUGCACCUACUGCGGUGGUGCUGCCCCACCAGCCUCUGGCGACCUACACCACAGUGGGUCCUUCCUGCCUUGACAUGGAGGUCUCUGCUUCCACAGUGACAGAGGAGGGGGCCCUGUGUACCGGUUGGCUCUCCCAGCCUGCCCCGGCCACCCUCCAGCCCCUAGCCCCAUGGACGCCCUACACUGAGUAUGUGUCCCAUGAAGCUGUCAGCUGCCCCUACUCAGCUGACAUGUAUGUGCAGCCCGUGUGCCCAAGCUACACGGUUGUGGGACCCUCCUCCGUGCUGACCUAUGCCUCCCAGCCGCUCAUCACUAAUGUCACGACGAGAAGUGCUGGCACGCCCACAGUGGGACCCCAACUGGAGGGCCCAGAGCACCAGGCACCCCUCACCUAUUUCCCGUGGCCUCAGCCCCUGUCCACAUUGCCCACCUCCACUCUGCAGUACCAGCCUCCGGCCCCAGCCCUGCCUGGACCCCAGUUUGUCCAGCUGCCCAUCUCUAUCCCUGAGCCAGUCCUUCCGGACAUGGAAGACCCCAGGAGAGCCAUCAGUUCCCUGACCAUCGACAAGCUGCUUUUGGAGGAGGAGGAUAGCGAUGCCUACGCGCUCAACCACACGCUUUCUGUGGAAGGCUUUUAGGGCUGGCUCCCACCACAGAAUCCUCUUCCCUGAAACUGGGGUUUAAAAAUGAGCCUGGAUUGAGCCUCUGGUUCAUGUUUGUUUGGAGUAGCCAUUUCAUAACUACACUUUCUAUGCAAAACUAGAAUUGUAGACUUUCCUUCCUUCCUUCCUCCUUUGACCCCUCCCUCCCUCCCGCUCCCUCCUUUCUUUCCUCCCUUCCUUCCUCUUCCUUUCUCGUUUCUUGUUUAAUUUCUGUUCUUUUGGGGAGGGAAUUAUAGGGAUAUUAGAAAUAAUAUUGAUGCCAAGUGGUGACAAAUCUGUGGCCCAGGUGCUUUCAUUUCUGCCACGUUUCGUUCCUGGAGAAGGUCCCUUCUCUCCAGAGCCCACUGCUUCGUGGGAGCCAGUGGUCCUGCUGAGCCAUCUUCAGGCCAGUGAUGCCCUGCCCUCUGUCAUUUAGAGAUGUGUAGGGUGCCCUGCGGGAAGACUGGCCCUGCCAGCACCUCCAAGGGCAGAGUUAGUGCCAGAGUCCUUGAGCUGUCAGUUCUCACAGUUGCUCCUUUGUUUGCUGUUCUCAGAGCCAGCCAGAUUUACAGUCUAGGCAGCUGAGUCUCAAGGCCUGGGGCUCAGCAAGGUGGUGGGUGGGGGAG